CCACGAAGUCUACGCAGGCCUAAACCCAUUCACACGCAUGCCCAUGGGGACUUGAGCCCGGCCAUCCUGCCUUCGUCUCGCCGGCUUCGUCCUCCCCCCUCUGCAACGGCGGCUGUGGGCUGGGGGCCUGCGGCGACGACGGUCAGCUGCGAGCCACUCGUUCCGCCUGUCCCAGCGACCCAGCCUGUGGUGAGGCUCCUACGGAGCGCUCGCCUGAGGAGAAGCGAGAGAUCCGGAGCUGUGUCCAGUCGGCCGUCCAUGGAGGCGGCGGCGGGCCGCAAGCGCGCGUACAGCAUCAUCGUGCCCACGUACAACGAGCGCCUCAACGUCGCCCUCAUCGUCUACCUCAUCUUCAAGCACCUCCCGGAUGUGAACUUUGAGAUCAUUAUUGUGGAUGAUGGUAGUCCAGAUGGAACUCAGGACAUUGUAAAACAACUGCAGCAAGUAUAUGGUGAAGAUUUUGUUCUACUGCGAGCUAGGCCAAGGAAGCUAGGACUUGGUACUGCAUAUUUACAUGGAUUAAAGCAUGCCUCAGGGGAAUUUGUCAUUAUCAUGGAUGCAGACCUAUCUCACCAUCCAAAAUACUUGCCAAGCUUUAUUAGGAAACAAAAGGAAACUGGGGCUGACAUUGUAACUGGCACACGGUAUGUUAAGAAUGGUGGUGUCCAUGGUUGGAAUCUCAUGCGCAAGCUGACUAGCAGAGGUGCAAAUGUUCUUGCACAAACGUUACUACAGCCUGGAGCUUCAGAUUUAACCGGAUCAUUUAGGCUAUAUAAGCGAGAUGUCCUGGAAGACUUAAUCUCCUCAUGUGUCAGCAAGGGCUACGUGUUCCAGAUGGAGAUGAUUGUUAGGGCUACUAGGAAAGGUUAUCACAUUGAAGAGGUUCCAAUAACAUUUGUCGACAGAGUAUUUGGAAUUUCAAAACUUGGUGGGUCCGAGAUAGUUGAAUAUUUGAAAGGCCUUGUUUAUCUGCUGCUCACAACAUGAUUGAAGAUAUGUAGUAGGCUUCUGGUUUGUGGGUACAACCGUGUUAUAGAGAAUUUUACUGAUGUGUUAUUAUUGCAGCUUGAGCUGUAUAUCAGUACAAUUACGCAUGUUUCUAGUGGGUGGAUUAUUGUACUCAAGUCUUGCUUUCUCUGUACAUUUUCUCACACAACAUAGCGCCCCUCCUUUCUGUUGACUUCCAGUGCUUCUUUUAACUGUUUGUAAUUCUGUCAUUGUGUGGCAUCACCCCCCUUGUUUUCUGAAGGGAACCGGCUGUAUGUGUCUACAUAGAAACUGUUGCUGGA